AAAUACAUUUUCAGAAAAAGUCUUCAACUUAGAAUUGUCAAAUCGGGCAAAAUCGUACAAAAAUAUUCAUGUAGUAACAUGCAUGCUCUAUACGAAUAGGAACUAUAUGUAUAUGUACAAACACGUAACUAUCAAUUUCCCUAACAUUAGUUUGUUUUUCUUCUUUUUUUUUUUGGAUAAAAAAUGUGAUAAGUGAGAGUGAUAGAUGGAAGCAAAGCCAGUGAAAGAAAAAAGACAAGAGAAGCAAAACAAGUAAACUCAGCUUUGUCUUGUAAUCUUCUGGAGUGGGAUUCCACUCUUUUUGUUCAUGUCACCUCUCUCUCUCUCUCUCUCUUUAACAAACUUAACUACAACUUAAGCCUCUCUAUUUAUUCCCUACCUCUUUGUACUUCUCCCUACUCAUAAACAGCAACACAGAGAGAUCUUAACAUUAAAAAAAAUGAAAGAGACGACAGCACAUCCAGGGAGGUGGUAAAUGAAGAUGAAGAUGAAGAUGAAGAUGUUGUUAAGACGAGAUAGAUCGGGUCGGAUAUCGAAGCUCCGGUGCUGGAAUUGGUGUAAAGAGCAGAGAACACGAGCGUACAUAAUCUGGAGGUGUUUGCUUUUCUUGUUACGGUGGGAUGACUAAUGAUCGAACAAGAAUAGCUCGUUAACACACUAUGUACAAAGUCUGAGGGAAAAUCAAUGGAGAGGAUGGAUUCAGAAAUUUUGUUUUUAUUUCGAGUCCUUAGAAAAAAAUGUGUGUAUAUGGAUUUAUUAGUGUUAAUUAGUUGCUUUUAUAUAGUAAUCGUAAGUUCUUACCAAAAAAAAUAUAUAUAUAGUAAUCGUAAGUAAA